AUGGGGAUAAGGUUAUUUUUCCACCUAAGGACGUACCUGGGUGGAUUCAAUUCUGGAAUUGAUAUUGGACACGCAGUCCGGAAACAUACUCCCUGGGAACUAGGAACUCAGGAAUACACGGCUUGGAAUAUUCUCGACAAGGAAACGAAACGGUUUACAGUACUACGUCAAAUGGAUAGGAUAUACAGAUCCAAGAGGUGA